CCCACGUUGGCCAUCUUUUUUCUUUUCGGACCGUGACGGACAGCUAAUUAUAUAGAGGUACAUAAUAAUAGCAUCCUGGUUGACAGCCGACAUGCCACGAAGCCACUAAUAUUACGGUCCUCAUAAACAUCUCGUGUCACUAGCACACCACGGUCCCUGCUCUUUUUCCCUACCCACCACCCUUUUUAUUCCAGUUCUUCAGCCUACCUCACUGUCGUUGACCGACUUCUUUUUAUACUCGGAACCCACAUGCGGCUAAUCCUUGGGUGGCUGGCUUGUUGCGCCUUGCUAAAUGGCGUCCAUGCUCAGACUGGAGGCAGCUUCGUGCAAGCUGGCAGCACCCUUGUUAGCGCUAUGAUGAUGUUUCUUGGUAACGGAGAAAAAGUCUAUAUUUUGGACAAGUCGGAAGGUAACGCGGCACAGAUUAAUGGGCACCCUGCCUGGGGUGCAGUCUGGGACAUCAACACCCGCCAAGCUACCGUGAUGGACGUCGUCACAAAUACUUUCUGCGCAUCCGGAAUGCACCUUCCCAAUGGUUCAUGGGCCACAUUCGGAGGCAACGAUGCGGUCGGAAUCGGUGGUGCAUCGCCGUCUGGAAAUUAUGACUCGGUUUAUGGGGACUACGAUGGCAGGAAGGCGAUCCGUAUUUUGAAUCCUUGCACAGACACAGACGAUUUUUCAUCACCCCAGUGCCAGUGGUUUGAUAAUCCUGCAGUUCUUUCGAUGCAAGAGAAUCGUUGGUACGCUGCUGCGGAGGCACUCGCAGACGGAACCAUCGUUCUCAUCGGUGGUUUCACAAGCGGAGGUUAUGUCAACAGGAACUACCCAAACACGGACCCAACGUACGAAGGCGGUGGUGCGCAACCCACGUACGAGUUCUACCCAAGUCGCGGUACGGCAACCCUGAUGCAAUUCAUGACUACCACAUCUGGAUUGAACUCCUACGCCCAUACCUAUCUAAUGCCUUCAGGUAAGAUGCUUGUGCAGGCGAACCUAUCCACUAUUCUGUGGGACUACACCCAAAAUAUCGAGUACCCGCUUCCCGAUAUGCCUAACGGCGUAGCUCGCGUGUACCCUGCCUCUGGAGCUGUGGCCAUGCUUCCCUUAGUCCCUUCCAACAACUACACCGCUACUGUCCUCUUCUGCGGCGGCUCUGACAUGCCUGCAGACUAUUAUGGGAAUUACUCGUGGCCAUUCUACAACACCUGGACCUACCCAGCAUCUAGUGACUGCCAACGCUUGACUGCAGAACCACCGGACGGUUCUUCCCCGGUCUACGAUCAAGAUGACAAUCUACCGCAAGGUCGGACAAUGGGUCAGUUCAUCACCCUACCGGACGGCACCCUACUCCUUGUGAAUGGCGGAAGCAACGGAACGGCAGGCUACGCCAACCAGACACUCUACGUUCCUUCUCUUGAUCAGAUGCCGUACUACCAAUCACUGGCGUCAGGACCGGUUGGUACACCCGCAAUCUACAACCCCAACGCGCCAAAAGGUUCCCGUUGGUCCACCGCAGGGCUUUCGACGUCCAGCAUAGCUAGAUUGUAUCACUCCAGCGCAAUCCUACUGCCAGAUGCCUCCGUUCUGAUCGCAGGUUCGAACCCGAACAUUGAUGUGACCCUCAACUCUCCGUACCCCACGACCUACACAGCGGAAGUCUUCUACCCACCCUACUUCUCCUCUAGUGUCCGCCCCCAGGUAUCCGGCGUGCCAAAUACCUUGGCUUAUGGCGGAAAUUAUUUCGACCUUACUGUAUCUUCGUCGUCUUACACCGGCGUGACGGCGAACCAAGCUGCAGCCAACACAACCGUCGUGCUCUCCCGCAGUGGCUUUUCCACACAUGCGAUGAACAUGGGCCAACGUCACCUCCAACUCAACAACACGUACACAGUAAACAACGACGGUUCAUACGUUCUGCAUGUCUCGCAAGUUCCGCCGAACCCUAAUUUGCUCACCCCUGGUCCAGUCUUGUUAUUCGUUGUCGUGAAUGGCAUUCCGAGCAACGGGACAAUGGUUAUUGUGGGAACGGGGCAAGUAGAGACGCAGCCUACCUCUGCUGCCAGCCCUCUCCCGCCGAGUGUUACUGCGACUGCACUUCCGUCGUCGUCGUCUUCUAGUGGGAAGACGGGUGGUGCGGUGGGCUUAAACGCGGACCCCACACUGAUAUCCUUCCUCUUUGGUGUAGCAGCCAUGAUUCUUGGGGCUUGUUAAUAGGUUUGGGGAACCGGAGUAAGGUGUGCAUUUUGAAAUUCAGAUGGACCGGUUUAUGAGGAGUUGUAUGGAGGUAGGCUGCGAGGAAACAGACACUAGUUAUAAUAUUACCAUACCACUCUCCUUCGGGAUACAUUGGACUGUCUUAGUACACAUGGACUUGACGUGGACCCUGUUUAACUCAUGUAUGUAGGUAAACGUCUACAUGAUGAGUGUUUUGGCCGCUACUUGACAAUUUCAUGAC